AUGAAAACCUCACGCAAAGUACGAGACGGCUAUACCAUACAAGCCAUAGACGGCUAUACCAUACAAGCCAUAGACGGCUAUUCCAUAGAAGCCAUAGACGGCUAUUCCAUAGAAGCCAUAGACGGCUAUACCAUAGAAGCCAUAGACGGCUAUACCAUAGAAGCCAUGGACGGCUAUACCAUAGAAGCCAUAGACGGCUAUACCAUAGAAUCCAUAGACGGCUAUACCAUAGAAGCCAUGGACGGCUAUACCAUAGAAGCCAUAGACGGCUAUACCAUAGAAGCCAUAGAUGGCUAUACCAUAGAAGCCAUGGACGGCUAUACCAUAGAAGCCAUAGACGGCUAUACCAUAGAAGCCAUAGACGGCUAUACCAGAGAAGCCAUAGACGGCUAUAUCAUAGAAGCCAUAGACGGCUAUACCAUAGAAGCCAUAGACGGCUAUAUCAUAGAAGCCAUAUAUGGCUAUACCAUACAAGCCAUAGACGGCUAUACCAUACAAGCCAUAGACGGCUAUACCAUACAAGCCAUAGACGACGGCUAUACCAUAGAAGUCAUAGACGGCUAUACCAUAGAAGCCAUAGACGGCUAUAUCAUAGAAGCCAUAGACGGCUAUAUCAUAGAAGCCAUAGACGGCUAUACCAUAGAAGCCAUAGACGGCUAUACCAUAGAAGCCAUAGACGGCUAUAUCAUAGAAGCCAUAGACGGCUAUACCAUAGAAGCCAUAGACGGCUAUACCAUAGAAGCCACAGACGGCUAUAUCAUAGAAGCCAUAGACGGCUAUACCAUAGAAGCCAUAGACGGCUAUAUCAUGGAAGCCAUAGACGGCUAUAUCAUAGAAGCCAUAGACGGCUAUACCAUACAAGCCAUAGACGGCUAUGUCAUAGAAGCCAUAGAUGGCUAUACCAUAGAAGCCAUAGACGGCUAUAUCAUAGAAGCCAUAUAUGGCUAUACCAUAGAAGCCAUAGACGGCUAUAUCAUAGAAGCCAUAGACGGCUAUACCAUACAAGCCAUAGACGGCUAUACCAUAGAAGCCAUAGACGGCUAUAUCAUAGAAGCCAUAGACGGCUAUACCAUAGAAGCCAUAGACGGCUAUACCAUAGAAGCCAUAGACGGCUAUUCCAUAGAAGCCAUAGACGGCUAUACCAUAGAAGCCAUAGACGGCUAUACCAUAGACACCAUAGACGGCUAUACCAUAGAAGCCAUAGACGGUUAUACCAUACAAGCCAUAGACGGCUAUACCAUAUAA